AUGGUUGAUAGGUCAUUGGAGGCUAGAGAAGUGGUGAUUCAGUUGCUGAAAUUCCAUAUUGCAGGAGCUCAACAAAGAAUGAAGGAUAUGGCCAACAAGCACAUCACUGACAGAUAUUUUGAGGUGGGUGAUUGGAUUUACUUAAAGCUUCAACCUUACAUAAAAAUCUCAGUUGCUAUCAGACCUUUCAACAAACUAGCAGCCAAGUAUUUUGGUCCUUAUCUUAUUGUUGAGAGGAUUGGUGAUGUUACCUACAGGUUACUCCUGCCUAUUGAUGUUUUGAUUCACCCAACCCUUCAUGUUUCACAACUAAAAAGGUGCCUUGAAGUUCCUACUACUAUUAACCAUCCACCAUUCCUCCACCUUUCAAGCCCCUAUUGCUCAUUGCCUGAGUCUAUUCUUGAGAGGAGGAUGGUUAAGAAACACAAUAAAGUUGUUUGUUGGGUGUUAGUAAAGUAG